AUGAAAGACAAAGAAGGGAUACAACAACAAGAACAACGCGAACUCUUUUUUGCAUCCAGCUACCAAACAAAGACACAAGUGAGGCGGCGGAGCCCUCGCACCAGAACCCACAUUGCGCCACCGAGCACUACUACGACUACUACUUCUAGUAAAGCACAAAACAGGCCGGCCAAUCCAAGAACACAAACAACACAACAAACAGGGGUAUGGAUGGGAACCAGUACGCGUCGUCGUCAAAGACGCCCAGUACGAGCCAGCACGGGGUACACGCGAGACUCGAGACCUGCAAGGCCUCUACUGGAUUCAGUUCAGGGGCGUCAGGGUACGGAAGCACCCACCACUAAUACUGAAGCACCCGCCACAAACACAACAAAUGAAGCUGGCACAGCAACACCGGGGGAUACAGCGGAGAACAACACGACAACGAACGCAACAAUGACAACAGACGCAACCAUGAUGACUGCGACAUCGACAACUAGCACUCCCACGGUAAUUUCCCAAGCCAUGGAAACUCCCGAAACCACGUCACAACAAACAGAGAAUGUUGUGCAAGCAGCAGAAGCGGUGGAGGCCGCGGAGGCUGACGCCGUACCAGGAGGAGAGGCAACAACAACAACAUCAGAAGCAUCCCAAACUGGAGUCGAGAACCCCAAUCCAACAAAUGGGCCUACACCUUUCCCAACAAAUCGACCGACGCCAUCUCCAACUCCAAUGCCCACUCAACCAAGGCCAACGUUCCCACCGGCCAUGACUGCACCUCCGUGGCGACCAUUUCGGUCUAACCCGAACAUUUCCCCUCGCUACCGGCGGCCAAUACCAAACCGAGCCGCCAUUAGAAACCCGUUUCCUGAGUUUGAGAUGGUGCCUGAUUUCAUACUCCUCCGGCGUUAUGGCAGAAUUGAAAGGCAAGCAUUUACGGGAUUCACAAACGGAGAUCCCACACCGUUUCCUACGCCACUUCCAAUGCCAGUCGUCACUCCGUUGCCUACACCAGCACUAACUGCAGGCGAAGAUCAAGCUGCUCCUCCUGGAGUACCGUCUCCCACAACAGCGGAACCAACGCCGACUCCUGACGAUAAUAUGUCUCCAGCUGCGCCGGCACCGACUUCGGCGCCAGUGCUAAAUACAGAGACUCAAGCUCCAGGACCAACCGCAACGCCAUUGGAUAUUGGCGGUCCCUUUGAGACUGCAAGUCCAGGAAGCACCCCACCACCUACCGACACGCCACUGGAUAUUGGUGGUCCCUUCCAAACUGCAUCUCCAGGAAGCACCCCGCCACCUACGGCAACGCCAUUGGAUAUUGGUGGCCCGUUUGGAACCGCCGCUCCGGGAACAGGUACCCUGACACCUACAGCGACACCCCUCGAUCUCGGCGGCUCAUUUGGAACCGCCACUCCGGGAACUGGUACGAUGACACCAACUGCAACACCUCUGAAUGUUGGUGGACCCUUUGAAACAGCCACUCCAGGGACUGGUACUAUGAUGCCAACUGCGACGCCAUUGAAUGCUGGUGGAUCUUUUGAAACAGAAACUCCAGGAACUGGUACUAUGAUGCCAACUGCAACCCCGUUGAAUGCUGGUGGAGCUUUUGAAACAGCUACUCCAGCCGCGCCAGAUCUUACUAUUGCUCCAAGCCCACCAGUUUCAACGGCUGCCGCAAUGACAGCACCACCAUCCAUUGCCGCUACAGCGGGAACAACUGUGCCCACACAAGGGAAUAUGGGAGUGCCCGCUACAAUUAUUCCAAGCACGGGAGGAUCUACUGCUGCUGCCAUGACAUCCCCACCAUCCAUUGGAGCUACCGUAGGAACAUCUGUACCCACGCAAGCUACCAUGGGAGUGCCUGCUACUAUUGUUCCAAGCCCAGCGGUAACUGCGGCCGCAAUAACAGCCCCACCAUCCAUUGCAGCUUCAACAGGAACCAUUGUACCUGCUACUCUUGCACCAAGUUCUGCGAUUGCAACUGCAUUACCGGCUGCCACUCUGGCUCCAUCUGCAGCGGUGGCUUCUGUUUUGCCAGGUACGCUUGCCCCCACUUCUGCAGGUGCAAUAGCCGUUCCAGCAACUCUAGCGCCAACAGCAUCGGCAUUAACAGGCGCAACAAUAGCUCCAUCUCCAGCACUGGCAACGGCGUUACCAGGAGUUACCAUGGCUCCUUCAGCAGCCAUUGCCGCUGUUGGGACUACAGUGCCGACCACGGUUGCUCAAUGCGUGGACAAUCCACAGGAUUACCCCGUCGGCGUUGAUAUCCAGCCCCUCUUUGCUGAUGGAAUCUUUGUGCCCUGUCAAGAGGCAGAGCAGGCAUUCAUUUUGUUGACGAUUCAGGACACACUCAACAGAGCCUUCCCGCAGAUAGCGGUGGAUUGGCUCGGAACCGCGAAUUUCGGACCUUUUGUUGUGGAUCCAGCGCAAACGGUAGAUAAUACUGGGACCGCGACGGCCGCUCCUCUUGUGCGACGUCGCUUCACACCUCGCAGAGCUGUACCCCCAAUCCAUGAUUUCACGUCUACCAAAAGUGUUGCAUCUCCUCCAUCAAACACACAAAGCCAAGCGGCUAGUGGCCCACCCCCACUUGCUGAUUCCCAAUCUGUCAACAACCAUGUGCCCCCUCCUCAAAAUAGAAUUGCAGGGACCGAUGCUAUUUACAACAACGGAUGGCCCCCAGCAUCGAACCCGCCACCAGUGCGUGACUUCCAACCUGUCCACAACGAUGAACCUCAGCAACCCAACAGGAGGGGUCGUCCAGCCGCCGGUGCGCCCCCCAUGCAUGAUCCCCAGUCCUUCACUAACAACGCGGGACCUUCCACAUCAUCAGGUCCACCUCCACUUGGAGAAUUUGAAUCCCAAAACAACAACAAUUUGCCCGCUGCUCCUCAAAAUAGAUAUGCCAUUGGCCCACCGCCGCUGAGCAGUUUCGAAUCCUUGAAUAAUGUUCCACCUCCUCUUCCACAUCAAUAUGACACUUCCUCAGCAGGCCCACCUCCAAUGCAAAGUUUUCAAUCCCUCAACAAUGGAAACCCUCCUCCAAAUCAGUUUGGAGGUUCAUCUGCAGGUCCACCCCCAGUUCGGGCCUUUCAACCUAUCAACAACAAUGAUGCACCUUUCCAACCAAGUGGAGUUGGAUCAUCAGGCCCACCUCCACUGCAAAGCUUCCAAUCCCUCAAUGGUGCUGCAGCUCCAAAUCAGCAUGGAUCUUCAUCUGGCCCACCCCCACUUCACGAUUUCCAAUCCCUCAAUGGUGAUGCAGCUCCAAAUCAGUAUGGCGCUGCAUCUGCAGGGCCACCCCCAGCAAGGGUCUUCCAGCCAAUCAGCAGCAGCAACAACAAUGCGCCGUUCCAGCCAAAUGGACCUGGAUCAUCAGGCCCACCUCCACUGCAAAGCUUCCAAUCAGUAAAUGGUGCCGCAGCUCCAAAUCAGCAUGGGUCUUCAUCUGGCCCACCCCCUCUCCACGAUUUCCAACCCCUCAAUGGUGCUGCACUUACUCCAAAUCAGUAUGGUGCUUCAUCUGCAGGGCCACCCCCAGCAAGGGUCUUUCAGCCUAUCAACAACAACAACAAUUCACCUUUCCAGCCAAAUGGAGUUGGCUCUUCAGGGCCACCCCCACUGCAAAGUUUCCAAUCCAUCAAUUCUGCACCUCAUCCUCCUUAUCAGUCCAGACCUUUGUCUGCAGGAGCACCUCCAAUUGGCAGCUUUCAGCCUAUCAACAACAACAGCCCACCUUUUCAACCAAAUGGCCGUAGACCUGCAUCAACAAAUCCACCCCCACCUCGUGGUUUUCAGCCCGUCAACAACUAUUCGAAUCUUCCGCCACAACGAUACGGUGGAACACCAGCAAGGGGGGGCAUUCCUGACCAAACACAAUUCUCCCCGAUUCGCCCAGGGGGGCGUCAAUUGCAGACUGGAACAUGCCCUGCAAGGCCUGCGGCAACGUGCCAGCCGUCAGCAAGUGCUUGUUUGCUUACAUGUGGGGUGGCAUCGACCACAAAUUGUGCUGCAGGAUUGCAGGACACGCUCAGUUGGCCAUUCUUGGCAUUCGACGUGUCAACUGCGCUUGGUGGAUUGGGAUUUCAGUGCCUGGGAUCAGGGAACCCCAACGUUGUUUUGACUGUCUUUUAG